AUGGCACAAAUCAACAUCUCCACUACAACUUCACUGAAGCAAAUCCAAGGUUCUAAAGAUUAUUGGAAGGCUUUGGUGUUGGUGAUACUAAACAUCAGACCAGUUCAUAUGGAGCUACACAUUUUCUUGAACGUAUGGCCUUCAAAAGCACACUUAAUAGGGGCCACUUGUGUGUUGUGUGUGAAGUGGAGGCAAUUGAUGGCAAUGUGGCAAUUUCUGCUUCAAGGGAAAAAUGCGAGGUCAAAGAACAGAUUGAGAAGAAUAAACAGUAUAGUUGUGGAGGAUUUUGUAGCUGCAAAAUAUACAGCUCCUCGAAUGGUACUUGCUGUAUCAGGAGUUGAACACGAGGAACUGUGGAAAUACGCAGAACCUCUUCUCUCUGAUUUUCCAGGUGGCACUCAGGUUGAGGAGCCGAAAUCAAUGUAUGUUGGUGUUGAUCACUGUGUUAUGGUUGACAUAGGGAGAAAUAGUUUUGCUCAUGCAUUUGAACUUCCUGGUGCAUCUGAUGUCAUGCUUUCUUUUGCUGCUUUUCCUAUAGAAAUCCCAGGAGAGGUGGUCUUUCUUCACCCUGUUCAUAAUUAUGCUAUUAUUGCAUACGACCCUUCUGCCCAUGGAACCACUGGUGCUUUAGUUGUACGAGUUGCUGUACUUCUUCCUGGUAGGCAAAUUUGCAUAUGAUCUAUAGGUUCCUGUAUACAUUGUUGAGAUCUCACCUCAAAACAUGAGAGGUAGGUUAGGAUUUGUUAACCUGGUUAGUUAUGAUUCUUUUUCUUUCAUCAGGAAAACUUAUCAUCUAUUAUCUUUUAUUAUUUUGUGAACUAGCUUAAAUAAUUUAAUAUAAUUUACCUAUUUUUAGCUCUCUGUCACCAUUGAACCAAAUUUUUUAAUACUGAUGAUGGAUGCUGCUAAUAAAGAAAUGGAAGAAGCCAUGGAAGCUGCUAAAAAUGUGUCAAGAAAGCUUCACUUAUUUAAAGAUCAGAUACAUAAGGCCAUGUUGUUAUCUUAUGAUCUUCCUAUGUUGCUUAAGGAAAUGGUUUCUUUUGAUGAUACAUUUAUUGUAUGAAAUAGGUUUUUUGUAUGAAACACAAAGUAGAUUAGAUGAAUGAAUGUUGGUACG